AUGCCUCUAGUAUUGAAAAACUUUUGUGGUCUCAGUCUAAAGACUACAAUGAUUUUGUUAACAAUUUCAUGGGUGGGAACCGCGAUUUACUCGAUUGUUGGAGGAGCCUUGUCCUAUCUUAACCGUGACCAACUCGUUUCUAGAAAUCCAGAUUUGCUCCUUGCCAAAGAAAACCUGGACCUUAUUGGCUGUUUUAUGAACUCGGGGAUUUUGUUGGUCACAUUUUACGGAACUUAUAUUCUCAUAUGUUCGAAUAACUUUAGAUCUCUCAGGAAGUACACAUACGGCGGCAUCCUUAUUUUUCUUCUCGCUUUCUUAUGGGCGACCUUCAACGUUAUCGUAUAUGUAUGGUUCAAGGAUGAUUAUCCAUAUUUAUGCAAGAGCAAGGAUGUUAUUAACAACGAAACGGGCCGAUGCAAAUCGAGCAUACAAGUCCCAAUUACACUUUUUACGUGUGUCAAUGGAAUUUUGUCGGCGGAAGCCCUAAUCAUAACCUUGAGUCCGAACGUGGUAUACGGCGUCGAAUUGAACAACAGGCCUG